AGGCAAAGUUUUGAUUUUGAAGCCUUAGAAGAAUUUUUAUAUCAAAUAUAAUAGAGUAUUCUUUAAGCAGUAAGGUUUAAGCAGCAUUAAAGCACUGUAAGGUAAUAUUCUGGUUUGUCAGCAUGCCUUAACUUCACACUGAUGGGAAACAGAUGGAUUCUGUUUUACCAGUGCUGCCACUUGAUCUACUGUUUUUGUUUCAGUUCAAUAAAAGCACAAGUCACUGCCACUGGCAUUUUUAAGGGCCGUUUUGUAACUUUCAUUUUCCCUUUCCCUGUUAUAAGAUGUAACUUCUUGCCACUGUGCAUGGUCUUUGGUACAAUAUGAUGAUUAUAGUUUGUAACACAGUACAGUGAAUAUUUGGUUUGGUAUGGCACACCAAGAGGUCACAGUUUCACUUUCGUUUUCACCUACAUGGUGUCACAGCUUUCAGACAGCCUUUUAGCUCCAAGACCAUUGAAUCAGUGAGGUGUGAGGAAAGUACUGAGCUUUGGAUAAAAGCGUCUGCUAAAUGACUAAAUGUAAAUGUUAUAGUAUCAAAGUAUAGUAAAAUGUGCUAUUUCUAAAAUAUUUGUAUGACACACCCAAGGGCUAGGCUUGCCUGCAGUCUUCUCUUAAAUGCUGUCAUAACGCCUUAAACCGUCAGUUAUUAAGCUGCCAACACAAUGGAUGGAAUGUCUAUUCAUUAAGGUAAUCUUCCAGUAAUAUAACAGUACCUGCUUCCCUGCAAGCUCAUUAGUUACCCCGGUGUAUUCUGUGUGACAAGGAAGCUUUUUAUUUGUGUCAGUCAAGUAUGGAGUUUGAGCACAAGAGAAAGACAAGCUUUUUGUUCAGGAGGAAAACUAAAAAAGGGAAAGAAAAAAUUGAGCAGACAGAUGGUAAGAUACUAUCAUGUUAUUUCUCUGUCUCUGAUCUAAAUCAUUUAUGAAAGUAAGUGUUUUUGCUCUCGUUGGAAAGCCUCACAUCUUUCCAUCAUUAUAAAAUGCAAGCAUAUUGUUUAAAGUUUUUCAGCAUUUUGUUUGUUGGAAUGGUUUGAUGAAUUACAUGAGUGGUUUAGUAAUUUAUUAUAAAAUACAUUCAAAUUACAUUUUCCCAAAACAUGAUAUUUAUGAAUUAAUAAUUAAAGAUUUUUUUAAAUAAUGUUUAAUGCUGAAGAUGUGUACGUUCACAUCUAUCAAAGUGCAACCCAUACCUUUUUUUCAUUAAUCAUGCACACUUUUAUUUGUCAGUGAAUCUUUCAUCAGGGGAACAGGCAUCUGAAUUCAGUUCACAGCAGUCCGGUGUUCCUGAACUCAUUGCUCUAGAUGUUGAAGCACAUAACAAGAAAGUGCUUCAUACUCUCAGAAAGAUUUUGAGUGAUGAAUCAACCCCUGAGGACUUUGACGCUGCAGUUGAGGUGUUGAAAACACUGAGCAAACUGAAUAACAACUUCUCUCAAGAUUGGAUUUGUAAGUACCUUCAGGAAAUUGAUCAGUUUGUGGAGAACCACUUUCCCAUGCUGCCAGCAGAGGGACCACAAGGAUCUCAGUUGGAGCAGUUAAAGGACUUUCUUAAGAGAACACAUAGCAAGAUAUAUGAUGAGGUGCUUCGAUUAACACCUGCACUGAAAGAUGCUGGGCUGCUAGAUCACCUGAAGGACAGUUACAGCCGCCAAAUCUUUACCAAUCUGGACCUGCUGCUAAACAGAGAUCUGUCUGAAAAAGAGAUCUUCUGCCUUCUACUGUGGGGAAAAGAUGUUUUCUUCAGUUCAGACUCACAGUAUUUCUUCAGAGUGCACGACCCUCUGCUGUUGACUGGAUGGUUUCAGAAAGCAACAGAGAAACUGCUGCCGAAUCUGCAGAAUUACAUCCGCACGACUCUUCAGAACAUCCUGGACUAUGAUGAGCAACAUAGACAUAAUGGAGAGUCAAUGGAUGAAGAAACGUUCAUCAGAGUUCACUUAGAUGUCACUAAAUGUCUGAAUUAUGUUAUUCAGAGUUUUCAGGAAUUCAGUCACACGCUGAUGUGUGCGGUACAAACGCUCUGCCUUCAAGAGCUUCAUCAUUUUGUUCAGGUGUAUGUGCAGGCAGAGAAAAAACGCCUGGAAAAACAACAACCCCUGAAGAAAAAUUCUGUGCAUCUGUUUCGGCUCAUCAGCACCUGUAGGCAACUCAGAUUUCUUGCUCCUCAACUCAACAAUCCAGAUAUAAACAACAAUGAAGACUUCUCAAACAUUAUCCACAUGUUAAAGGAGAUGGAGGAUCACGUUCUGUCUAUUGUACAGAAGAUGAUGAAACACAUAGCAGAGGCCCUUUUAAAAAAACAUUUUAAAGAAGGAGGUGAGCAAAUCCAAGCACUUACAGAGGCAAUCCAACAGCAAUGUGCAUCUCUAACUCAGACUGAUGUGGGAAAAGAGAUUCAGGAGAUCUUUCUGAAUGUAUCUGAUGACUGUGUUUCACGCGUGUAUCUGGAUUGCCUGAUGAAGAGCAAGUUCAGCCAGCUAGAGAUGAGAUGGGGAAAUGUUGGAGAAAGGAUAAGCAAGGACGUUCUCAGUUUACACAACACAUUCACUGAACUGAAUGUCAGUGCUGACCAGAAGAACCAUCUCCUUCAGAGACUCAGUGAAGUUUUGCUUCACGGUGAUGUAGAUGCACUGAAGAUUACUUGUUGUGCUUUGUUCAGAGAUUUCCCUCAGGAGAGUGAGCAGUAUGUACCUGGUCUGCUGCGCUGGAAGGGUGUGUUUUCAGAGCGACAGGUGUGGGAAGUGCUGGAUGUGAGCCGAGAGUUCAGCCUCGAUCUGAAGCCUAGACUCGUCACCUGUCAGCCUCUGAAGGGACUUUUCUGUUUUCUUUGAUGGGAAUAACACCAUCAGCCAGAAUUUAA